UGGCCUCUUCUUUUUCAUCGUCAUCCAUCGCGGUCCAGAUACAUCCACUGACCAAAGAGGACGACGGUGAGAUAACAGCCGCCGGCACAGCACCGCCAAUGACUACCAAGGGGCCUGCACCGGCCACGGUCAUGUCGAGCGUCGCGAACCUGGCGCAGCUCCUGCCGACGGGCACGGUGCUAGCCUACCAGGCACUGUCCCCGUCCUUCACCAACCAUGGCAAGUGUGAGACCUCCAACCAGUGGCUCACUGGGAUGCUGGUCGCUGUCCUUGCCUCCGCGUGCCUCUUCUUCUCCUUCACAGAUAGCAUCGUCGGUCGCCGCGAUGGAAAGCUAUAUUACGGCUUUGCCACACCGCGUGGCUUCAAUGUGUUCAACUUCUCCAGCGAGGAGGAGAAGCAGGAGUGGCACGAUCUUGAUCAAUUCCGGAGGCUCCGCCUCCGGCCGCUGGACUUCAUGCACGCCUUCGUCGCGGCUGUGGUUUUCCUCACGGUGGCGUUCAGCGACGUUGGGCUGCAGAACUGCUUCUUCCCGGACGCCAACAGGAACACCGAAGAGCUGCUCAAGAAUCUGCCAAUGGGCAUGGCGUUUCUGUCCAGCUUUGUGUUCAUCAUCUUCCCCACCAAGAGGAAGGGCAUUGGAUUCUCUGACAACGCUCCUCCCCAGAAGGUCGUCCAUCCCUUAAAUUGAUUAAGUUUG